AUGGUUCACCGCAGCACCUCGUCUCCACCCUCGGAUAAGAGAGCUUGGAGCGAGCGGUUCAUGUUCCCAUGAGUCGAGAAUAAAAAAUCCUCACUUCUCUCUACAGCUGCUGGUCUGAGCCGGACUAGCUGUGCUAACGACCCAGCGCGGAGUGAUGCGCGGCCAAGAGCCGAUAAAAAGAUGAAAUGCUUUUCCCGAUACCUCCCUUAUAUUUUUCGACCUCCGAGCAGCAUCUUUUCUUCCAGCUGUCACACUGAAGCUGACAUCAUAUCCACAGUUGAAUUCAACUCCACUGGGGAGCUACUGGCCACAGGGGACAAAGGGGGUCGAGUGGUGGUGUUUCAAAGGGAGCAAGAGACUAAAAACCAGCCACAUCGGCGGGGGGAGUACAAUGUUUACAGCACCUUUCAGAGCCACGAGCCUGAGUUUGACUACCUGAAAAGCUUGGAAAUUGAAGAGAAGAUUAACAAGAUUCGAUGGCUGCCUCAACAGAAUGCUGCCUAUUUCCUCCUCUCUACUAAUGAUAAAACUGUCAAAUUAUGGAAAAUCAGUGAGAGGGACAAGCGACCAGAGGGUUAUAAUCUGAAGGAUGAGGAUGGCAGGAUCCGGGACCCCACCACUAUCAAGGCUCUGAGGGUGCCAGUGUUAAGGCCUAUGGACCUUAUGGUAGAGGCGACACCCCGGCGAGUAUUCUCCAAUGCUCACACCUACCACAUCAACUCCAUCUCAGUAAAUAGCGACUGUGAGACCUACAUGUCCACAGAUGACCUGAGGAUCAACCUGUGGAAUCUGGAGAUCACCAACAAAAGCUUCAACAUUGUAGACAUUAAACCAAACAACAUGGAAGAGCUAACUGAAGUGAUCACGGCAGCUGAGUUUCAUCCCAACCAGUGUAACACCUUCGUGUACAGCAGUAGCAAGGGCUCCAUACGACUGUGCGACAUGAGGGCAGCUGCACUGUGUGACAGCCACUCCAAAUUCUUUGAAGAGCCAGAGGACCCCAGUAAUCGCUCCUUCUUCUCUGAAAUUAUCUCCUCCAUAUCCGAUGUCAAGUUCAGCCACAGUGGUCAUUAUCUCAUGACCCGUGACUACCUGACCGUUAAAGUGUGGGAUCUCAAUAUGGAGAACAAACCUUUGGAGACCUAUCAGGUCCAUGACUACCUGAGAAGUAAGCUGUGCUCCCUCUAUGAAAAUGACUGUAUUUUUGACAAGUUUGAAUGUGUGUGGAAUGGAACAGACAGUGUCCUGAUGACGGGAUCCUACAAUAACUUUUUUCGCAUGUUUGACCGCAACACAAAGCGUGACGUCACACUCGAGGCCUCCAGGGAAAACAGUAAACCUCGAGCCAUUCUCAAGCCACGCAAGGUGUGUGUGGGCGGUAAACGUCGUAAAGAUGAGAUAAGUGUGGACAGUCUGGACUUCAGUAAGAAAAUUCUUCACACAGCCUGGCACCCUUCAGAAAAUAUCAUUGCCGUGGCCGCCACCAACAACCUCUACAUAUUCCAGGACAAGAUUAACUAGCAUGUUGCAAGUUCUUAUCCAUCAGAGACUGGUGCUAAUCCUCAACGAAAUCUGUGGAUUUGGGGAGGUCAGACUUACUGCCUUUGACUCUGCUUUAAAAUAAAAUAAACAUCUGGUUAAUUUCUUGAGCCUCGUACAGCAAGAUGUAAGCACUGCACUGAGUAUGUACUGCAUAUGUCAGGUUACAACAAAACAUAAAGAAUGCAAUGAUUGCUGCUGUCAGGUA